UCUCUGCUUCACUCUGCUUCUAUAUGCUUUCAUUUAGCUCAGUAGUGACGCCAACGAACGGUGGAAUUCUCGUAUACUAAGCAAACUGGUCGUCGCAUUGUGCAACACAGGCCGCGAUUGGUCCUUUCCUAAAAUUCAACCGACGGCGUAAGAAAUUCGACCAAUCAGGACGAGCGUUGUAUUCCUGUAAUCCCGUUAGAAGAUACAAAGGAAUGGUAGCCAUUUUACGUGGAUAUCCCGUUUGGCAUAGCAGUAGUGUCCGCAUGAUCAUCGCGAAAAGUUGAAAUAAUUGUAGUUCGGAGUAUUCCAGUUUUUUCGAAAUGCGUUAAAGAGUUAAUUAUCACUGUCAAGUUGACGAAGAUUUGUUGCUCUUAUCACCUGGCAACAAAAGAACAUCAUGACAUCAACAAAGUCUAAAGAAAUCGCAGAUGAGUAUAUCUCAUCAUUAUCCGAUCUGACGAUCAACAGUAAGCCACUCAUCAAUAUGCUUACUAUGCUGGCAGAAGACAACAUAGAACAUGCAUCAGCGAUUGUCCAAGCUGUCGAGAAUCAUCUGCAAAAGGUGAGGAGUGACAUAAAAUUACCGGUUCUUUAUUUGAUCGAUUCAAUUGUAAAGAACGUUAAUGGAGCAUAUUUAAACCUGUUCACACAAAAUAUUGUGAACACUUUUUGUGGAGUGUUUGAAAAGGUCGAUGAGAAUACUAGAGCCAGCAUGUGGAAAUUGAGACAAACUUGGAAUGAUGUAUUUCCUGCGAAUAAACUAUUUUCUCUGGAUGUACGGGUGCAAAGCAUCGAUCCUGCCUGGCCAAUCACUGCCGCUCCUACUAGUGUUUCUUCGGGAUCUAUUCACGUGAACCCCCGUUUCUUCUCAAUGCCCCAACAGUCAGCAACGUCCAUCUCGCAACCGAUUGUAGCACCUGUUAAGCUUCCGCCAGGUGAUCCGGUGACACCGACGGAAGCAGCGAUGCGAGAACAAUUAUUGAAAAAGCAACGGGAACUAAUAGAAUUGCAGAAGAAGAAAAUUGAGUUGGAAUUGCUUCAAGCUAAAGCUAAUUUGGAGCAACAGCAACGGCAACUUGAUAAGCAAGCUGGGAAUUUAAAAGCUGAACUGGCUGCUGUUACUACUACAACGCAUGUGACAUCAACCACGGAGACCGUCACGCAAGGAAAGCCUGUAACUUCUGUGCCAAAUCAAACAGCAAAACAAGUAGCAAAACAGUUUCCAGCAGCGACUGCUUCGCUUUUGAAAAGUGCAGGAAUGAACAAUGGUCCACGAAUUGCGCCAGCUAGUAGCAUAGCAGUAGCUUCAGCUAAACCAGUGUCUCGUGAUCCAAGAAUAAAGACAACUUCGACUCAAGACGUUCCAGCUACAAGCGUGGAUCCUCGGCAGCGAAUAAGUACAUCGGCUCAAAAGGAUUCGCGUGGUGAAGGCCAAACGCAGCUAGCGGCAAAUACAAACACUGUACUUUCAGAUCAAUUAAAACAGCAGUUACUUUCGAAACAGGCUGUGACUAGCACUAUCAACAAGUCUCCGACAAAUCUUGCCGGCUCCGAUACUGCGAUGAUAAACGCUAGUAAUAACAAUAAUGCUAAUACGAACCUCAACAAUAAUAAUAAUAAAAAUUUCAGUGGUAACGCAAAUAAAGAUGCUGUGUCGCAUCGAACAAGUCAAAAGAAAGACCCUCGAUUGUCUAGUAAUAGUAGUGGUAACCUAAACAGUAAUAGUUCCAAAAGUUUUCAAAUCUUGUCUGUGGGUAGUAAUAGUUGUUUACCUGCGGGUAACAGAGGAAGUGGUAGUAAUGAUGCUAAAUCGAAAGAUUUAAAGAGUUCGAAUUCUCGAGGCUCUUCGUCUUCGAUGAUCGACAAGUCUUCCGCUUCCUCAAAAUCCUCGCACAGGAAAUUAGGUAAUAAAUCGCGAUCUAAGCAACCUCAGACGUCUCCGAGUAAGAUAGCGAAAGUCGACAGGGACGCGAGUCCUAUUAGAUCCAAAUCUCGUGAGAAAGACAGUGAAGACAGUUCACCAUCCUCGCGUACCUCUCCUCAGUCCUUUCAAACUUCUAAAAACCGAAAGAAGAAUACGAAAUCGAGAAAACGCAGUCCAAGCCCUCCGUACAGAAUUCCCAGGCGUAACGACGCAAAGUCCAACUCAAGUCUUAGCAGUUCCGGUGGUGUCACCGAGGAGGAACAGUCCGGUUCUUUGAUAGUCUCUCCUCCUCACCCACCUGCAUUUAAAGAAAUACGACCGAAUACUAGACAGAGAAAUUACGUAAGGCGUAACAAGGAUGACAGUCUUAGUCCAGAGCGCUCUCCAGCGAAUGCUGGUAAUGUUCAAACAGCUGCGGAGUUAACUUCGGAAGCGUCCAACAGAGAUGAAGACUUGAGAGCUACACUACCUCUUCCAGGUGCACCCGCCUCGGUAUCCGAAAAGAAAGAGGACUUAGAUUUGCGUGUAUUGCCGCCAGCAGUUAAUUCUAAUAAACGACAAAGUUCGGAGCACAUAGAAUCUACGUUGAAUAAGAAAACGAAGGCUGAGAAGUUUGAUGCAUUAUUUGGAAACGAAGACGUUGAUUUGCGAACGUUAACUCAUCCCAAAGCUGGACGACCUCCGACGCCGCCUCCGCCUGUAAUAUCCGGAGAAGAUGGCAAAGAUGGUUGGGCGAAAUUGAAGACGCCGUCAAAGAAUGAUAGAGAAAAACAGGCUAAUAAUAUCGAUGACAAGCGAGAUGGUAGAGAUCGAAAUAGAGAUAGAUUGGGUAGGCUCAGGCUUUACAAUAAACUUCCGGAUGAUCCUAAAGAAAGACGGAGAACGUUGUCGAAUGAAGAUCAGGACAGACCGAAUAGGAGAGGUCGAGAGAACGAUAAACCUGAGAAGAACGAGGAUAGGAAUAUUGAAAUUAUAAUGAAACAAGCUGCCGAGCAACUGAAUCAAGGUUCUAUUACCAAGACUCAAUACAACAAUCUUAUCCAAGAAGUCUUGCACAUGAGCGAAGACAGAAAACUAAGAGCCGCGCAAAGGAAAGAAAAAGAAGUAGGAUCUAUCGUAUGGGAGAAAGGUGUAAAUUUGGAUCUUGGUGGUUCUGGAGAUCGUACGUCCACCUUCAGUCCUUCUAACGAUAAGGAAAUGAUGCGAAAUAAAGAUCAUCCUAUCACAAGGAAUCCGAAUGGUCCUAGAUGGCAGAAUCAACAAUGGCAGCAACCAGGACCAUGGGCUCAUCCACCGGGGCCUCCAUACGGUGGUCCGCAAGGGCAUUUUAAUUCAGAUUUCAGACCUGUUGGUCCUUGGCAAAAUCCAAGACACUUCGGCCCGAUGCGAGCCGAUUAUCAAUAUCACGGUGGUUUUAAUCAUCUUGGUCCGAAUCCUCGCCUGGGUCCUGGUAUGAUAGGACCGAUGGGAGCUAACGGGCCGCUUAUGUCGAAUUUAUUAUCGAAUGGUCCGAUCGGCCCGAUCGGCAUGUCAAAUCCUGGUAUAUCAUUAUCGGGCAUAAAUGGACCUGGAAUGAUGAUGAACAACGGGCCAAUGUCGAAUCUUGUAUCAAAUCCGAAUAUGUCUUCAUUGAGUGCUUCGAGAAACGCGUCCCCGAGUUCAUCCGCGAAGUAUGACCUCGAAGAUGGUGAUCAGAAUUAUACGUCUACGAUGCUUAAAAAUCAGAAUCCUCAUAGCCGUGAAUUGCCGCCGCCAGAUCCAAAACUGCUGGACGAAAUCGCGAGAGACACAAUGAAAUCUAUAAAUAUAGACAGUAUACCGCGUGAAAUUAGAUACUACGGUCAAACUGGAGUCGUUUUUAUGAACUGGGACGAUCCGAGAGAAAUUGGAUUUCAAGAUGGUAUACGACGGAUUUUGAUUGAUGACAAAGAUACGGUAACUUGUGCAUUUAAUGAUCAAUACAAGGAGUUCAUGUAUGAAGGUGAAGUUCAUAGAAUUAAGUUAGGUGCACCAACGAGAGAGUUGUACAUCGAUGAUAGAUGGUACGAAUGUUAUUUCGGUGGUAUGCCCGUAACAGUAGAUAUCGGUGGUAAAAAAGUUAGUGUGAAAUUAGAAGGGCCACCGCCUCAUGUUAAAAUUGGCACUGUGAAGAGAACCGAUCUGGUGGUUGCCAAGAUUAAUCUUAUUAUUAAUGCCCGAAACAUGGUUCCUGUAUUUUUAGACCCAAAGCCCCAAAUAUUCGAAAUCGAGGGAAAACCUCAUACGUUGGAAUUCAUAGACUCGCUGCAAACGGUUCUUUUGAAUGGGCGUCCAUUCAAGGUUGAAUUCGGAGGACUGCCUAAGCCUAUCAUUGUCAGAGAUAAAAAACAUUUUAUAAGAUUUUCGGUAUUGCCAAGAGGUGUUCGACCAGGAUAUGUUAAGAUCGCGGGUAUGAAAGGUGAAGAACCUAUUGAAUCAUCACCGUCUCCACCUCUGUUGACGCAAAAGCCGAAAGUAGAUGCAGCUUCCGCGCCAACCCCGUUCUCUAUCAUCGAGCCUGAAUCGACGUCACAGGAUGGUUCAGAUCUCAGAUCUACGCCUAAACCGGAUUUACAAUUGGACAUGUUAUCUUCCGCACUGCCGUCUGCAAUGGCACCGUCGUCUGGAUUAUCGUAUCAAGCCGAGCCAGUCGAAAAUCCAGCCGCAGCUGCUCCAGCGUUAUCGUUACCGUUGAAUAUGAACGAACUAUUUCAGAGAUUAGUCGAGACCGGCAUGGUGCCGAAUCUCGCCGAGCAAAAGAAGCAAGAGGUAGAGGAAACGAAAGAACCGGAGAUUACCCCCGUUUCGUUUGAUAAGCCAGAAACGCUUAAAGUUAAACAACCAGCAAUCGCGGCUGCAUUGUACAGUGGAAUGCAGUGUAGUUCUUGCGGUGCUAGAUUUGCACCGGAAUUAGCGACGCGUUAUAGUCAUCAUUUAGAUUGGCAUUUUAGGCAAAAUAGGCGGGAAAGAGAUUCCGCGAGAAAGGCCCAUUCACGACCUUGGUACUACGAUGUUAGCGAUUGGAUACAGUUCGAAGAGAUUGAAGAUUUGGAAGAUAGAGCACAAAGUUGGUUCGAAACUGAAAAACAGACAGCCGAUACCGAAGGUAUCACUGCAGAAGAGUCUCCUCAAGAAGCAUUACAGCCGAGUGUUCCAACUGGAAGUGAUGAGGAUUCAAGAUGUCAAGUGUGCCACGAUGCAUUUGAACAAUUUUAUAAUGAGGAAAAAGAGGAGUGGCAUUUAAGGCCAGCGAUUAAUUUCGAGGGAAAGAAUUAUCAUCCAUUGUGUCUCGACGAUUACAAGGAAAAAAGUCUUGUGAGAGCUUUGGAAAAAUCUGCGUUAGCGCUCGAAGAGACAAUCGAGGAAAUGGAAGAUGAAAAGAAGGAAAGCUCCGAUGAAAUGUGCGGAGAAGAAAGUAAAGGUGAUGAAUUAAAUGCUGCGGAGACAUUUAGAUCCGAUUUUGAAACAGCCGAACCAUCGGACGAAGCAGUAGAUGAUAAUGCACCGGAAGAAACUACAGAGGUGGAAAAUAAAGAGGAAACUGCCAUUGAAACUAACGCAGACAUUGAACAGAAUCAGGAAGAGAAUGAACAGGAACUGGAAACCAGUAGCGUUAAGGAGGAUGUCGAAAUGGAGAGUACAGAUAAAGAGAAAAUGCACACGACCACUGAAACUGAAGUACCCGAAGCAGAAAUUGUGGAUAAAUCUUUCGAAAGUAUUAAAAUUAAAGAAGAACCGAUUGACGAACCUGAAGAGCAAUUAGAAGAGGAACACUUCGACUUCAGUCAUGUAGAAAUAAAACCAGAACCUAUUGACCCGGAGCCAGAACCCGAGGAGAGCGUUAUAACGGAACCCGCGGCGGUCGAUACGACGCAUGCUGCAGUGAAAAGUUCUAUAGACGGAAACGUAGAGUUGGAUUCUACACCCGCAGCGAUACCAGCAGCGCCUUCUCGAAUUAAAAUUAAUAUUACAAAACCGUUAUGUGUUAAUAAAGAACCAGAGGAAUCAAAGGAAAAAGAAAAAGCUGUAGUUGAAGCGCCUACCGAGGAAGAGGUGGUAGAACCUUUGGUGCCUGCUUCUAUCAAACCUGCUUUACAAGGUAGAAAACUGUCAGUUUUACCUCCCGUGGAGAAAGGGCAAGAGUUAUCAGGACUCUGCUCAAUUAUGUAAAUAGUGUACAUAAUGAGUUUGAAGUCGUGUACGCGCGAGAAUGUGUGAUCCGAGUGUAUUCGUGUUUUUCGUACUACUUAUUUUUAGCGUCGGAUACAUUGUACAUCACAUUUGUGCAGCUUAUACGACUUGAUGUAACCUGAUGAUCAAAUCUUUUGCUUUCUUCCCUUUUUAUUCUAUGAUUCACUUCUCAGUAGUUCACUUUCUAUUUUCUGCAUUUUUAUGCUAAGCUUUCACUUAUUCCUUUGAACUACUAUUUAAAUAAUAGUAAGAUAGAUUAAUUAUAUUUAUCUAUUAUUUCUCGGUCAUCACGUCGUAUAAUGUUAAAAGAUACGUGUUGUAAUGUACGAAUGCGGACGUGUGAGAGUAGUAAUUUUUAAAUUUUAAUCACGGCGAAAGAGAAUAAGAAAACUGUACAUAUGUAAUGUAACCGAAACAAUUUAACUAGAGCGAGCAUAGUAGCAUUCCCGAUAAUAUCGAGUGCAAUCGUAUUUCCUGGCAGUGGAAUGCCAGAAACAUAAUUAUCGAUGUGCACCUGACUAACUGCGAAUUUCAUACUGUUUGUACUUUGUAAAAACACUCGAAUGAUAUUCGAUAGCAUGUUUUUUAGAAACGUUGCCCCCACUUGAUUUUUAAAACUACGAAAAUUCAAGUCUCACGAGGAAGGAAUAAUGACCGAUUACCCAAUUUAGUUAGGUGUACAAAUUGUGUGAUAUAAAAUUGUUGAUUGUGUAUAUAAUAGCAACGUAAAAAAAUAAUCCCGACGAUAUUGGGUAAGAGGAAGAAAGAGUAGUUAUCUACUAGAGAAGGAUUAUUUUGUUGUAUAAAAGAAAAUCUUGUUAAUUA